CCACUAGCUCCAACUACUAACAAAGUAACAACUACUAUAUAUCUAGUAUCACUCCUCCAUCAACCUUCAAUCUCACCUCAUCCUCCCUACACACACACUCACUCACUUACUCAACCCAAUUGACCAAGCCAAACCAAACCAAACCAACCCCCCAUCAUCAAAAUGUCUUCCCAAGAAGAACCCCCGCACCCCAACCUCUCCCUCCUCCUGACCAACAUCCCCACCGGCCUCCCCAUCCCAGGCACCGACCUAACCACCCUCUCCCGACCCAUCUCCCUCUCCACCCCGCUAGCACCCAACACCCUCCUCGCCAAAACCCUCUCCAUCAGUCUCGAUCCCUACAUGCGCGGCCGCAUGCGCGACGCCCACAUCCCCUCCUACAGCCCCGCCUACCCUCUCAACGAAGCAAUCACCGCCUACGGCCUGAUCCAAGUCCUUCGCUCAAACCAUCCUGUUUAUUCCCGCGGCCAGAUAAUAUACUGCCGGGUUCCGGUCCAAGAAUAUAGUAUUCUGGGGAGUGAAUUGGAGUGGGAAAAUACCAAGGUCAUUCCAUAUACCCCGGGUCAAGAUGUGGGGUUAUCGCAUUAUCUCGGCGUGUUGGGCAUGACGGGCCUAACGGCCUACUCCGGACUAUAUGAGAUUGGAAAACCGAAGAGAGGGGAAACGAUAUAUAUUUCCUCUGCUGCGGGGGCGGUAGGAGCUAUUGUGGGGCAAAUAGCCAAGAAAGAAGGGAUGAGGGUUAUUGGGUCUUGUGGGGGGGAGAAGAAGGUGAAGUAUGUGGUUGAGGAGUUGGGGUUCGAUGCGUGUUUUGAUUAUAGGGUUGAGGGGACGAGAGAGGCGUUGAUGAGGUUGGCGCCGGAUGGGGUGGAUGUUUAUUUUGAGAAUGUGGGUGGGGAGAUGUUGGAGGGGGUGAUGGAGAGGAUGAAUACGGGGGGGAGGAUUGUGGUUUGCGGGAUGAUCUCGCAGUAUAACCUCAAGCCUGAGGAUCGGUACGGUAUCAGGAAUUUGAACCUGGUGGUUACGAAGCGUAUCCAUAUGCAGGGGUUUAUUGUGGGUGAUGCCAAUUUUGGACCCAAGUAUGAUAAGGAGAGGGAUGAAAAGGUUUUGGCGUGGCUUCGGGAUGGUAGCAUCAUUGCUAAAGAGCAUGUUACUACUGGGAUUGAGAACGGCCCCGAGGGGUUUGUUGCUAUGCUGCGUGGGGAGAAUCUAGGUAAGGCAGUUCUGAAGAUUGCGGACCCGGAGACGGAUUUGUGAAGCAUGAGUGGUAGAAUUGGUCCGUAGGUUAUACUUGUCGGGUGGAUAUGGUAUAUAGACUGGUAUAUAUGUUGAAUGCUGCAUGGAAGGUGGGAUG